CCGCUCCUCGGGCUAAUCAUUACAAAAACGAGCAGGGUUUGCAAGUGACAGCCUCCGUUCUUCCGACACACCACGAGUCGUGGUGUUGGCCACGGUGGUUGUUGAUGCGCGUGUAGUCGUGUGCGUGGAGUCGUGUAGUCGUGUGUGUGUGUGUUGGCUGUGCAUGCGAGUGUGAGUGUGUACAAGGACAAAACACACACACACACAACUUAUUGGCACACAGGCACACACAGACACGUGCACACACACACAGACACGCAUCUACACAGACCGUAGAUACACAGUGCUGUGAACACGCUCUGCUGCUUACACACCCACAGACAACAGGCAGUCAACAACAACAGCAGCCGCUAUUCACCACUAAGUGUCGGUGACGUCAGCACAGCCGCCUUGUGCCAGGCUAGGUGCACUGUGGGUCGCCUGUGAAGUCUCACGGACACACACACAGCACACACACACACACACGGGAUACACACACACACAGCACGCACACACACAGCACACACACACACGGGAUACACACACAGCACACACACACGGGACACACAGCACACACACGGGACACACAGCACACACACGCACAGCACACACACGGGAUACACACACAGCACACACACACACAGCACACACGCACACACAGCACACACACGGCACACACACACACGGGACACACAGCACACACGCACGCACACACGCACACACGGCUGUACACACACGGCGAGGGAGCGGAGAGGAGCGGAGAUGAACGCGGACAGGAGGCGAAAGAAGAGCAAACUUAGCCACGGAGGAGGAGGAGGAGCAGUGACCCAGUCAGGCACCCCGAAGCAACUCCAACGGAAGCAAAAUGGGAGCCAGCCGUCCACCUCCUCCACCUCGUUGGGGCCCCCCACGGCCUCGCGGCGAGCUGACAACGAGGAGGGGGCGGGGGUCGGGCGACGAUGGCUCACCCUCACCGCCGUCGUCACCGUCGCAGCCGUGCUCGCUGCCGUCCUCGCCGUCUCGAUUAUCGUGCUGGGGUGGGCGGAUUCCGGCACGCUCUCCGGGCUUCAUGGGGGUGGUGAGAAUGUGGACCCCUCGCCCCGCAAAGCGGGCCCCCCAGCCCCCCCCGUGACCUUGGACCCCGGCGACCCCCAGCCACCGCACGAGCCGCCCACCACGUCGACCCCCCAGGACUCGGCCCCCAAAGCGCAGCCCGCGCCGAUGAAGCCUAAAAAGCCGAAACUCCUCAACAAGUUCGACCGCGCGAUCAAGGAGGAGCUGGACGCCGCGGAGAAGCUCCGGAAAAAGGGCUCCAUGCAGGAGGCACUCCAGGCCUUCACAGAGCUCGUGCAGACCUUCCCCAGCAGUCCACGCGCUCGCUACGGGAAGGCCCAGGCGGAGGACGACCUGGCCGAGAAGCAGCGCAGCAACGAGCAGCUGGCGCGCGCCAUCGCGACGUACGCGGAGGUGGCCGACCUCCCCGAUGCCCCGGCGGAACUGGUGCAGCUGGCGCUGAAACGGCAGGCGAACCGGCUGCAGUUCCUGGGCCGCAUGCGCGCGGCCGUGGCGGUGCUGAGGAAGCUGGUGCAGCGGUACCCGGCCGACGUGGCGCUGCAGAACGAGCUGGGGGUCGCGCUGCUCCUGCAGGGAGACAACAAGGGGGCAAAGGUCGUCUACGAGGAGGUUCUGGCCAGAUCGCCGGACGAUGGAUUUGCGAAGGUGCACUUUGGGUUCAUCCUGAAGGCGGAGAACAAGAUCGCUGAGAGCAUCCCCUUCUUGCGGGCAGGUCUGGAGUCCGAGGCCCCAGGAACGAACGACGGCCGCUUCUACUUCCACCUGGGAGACGCUCUGCAGCGCAUGGGGGAGCGUGACGAGGCGUACCGCUGGUAUGCGCAGGGCCACGAGCAGGGCCACUUCUCCUCCGUGUUCCAGCGCUCGCUCUACAACGUGCGCGGCCUCAAGGCCCAGCCGUGGUGGACCCCGCACGAGACGGGCUACACGGAGCUCGUCAAGGCGCUGGAGCGUGGCUGGCGGAGCAUCCGGGACGAGGCGCUGGCUGCGAUGGACGUCCAGAGCGGCUUCUUCCUCCCCGAGGAGGAGAAUCUGCGCGAGAAGGGCGACUGGGCCCAGUUCACGCUGUGGCAGCAAGGCCGGAAGAGCGAGAGCGGCUGCGGGAGGGCGCCCACCACGUGUUCCAUCAUGGAGCGCUUCCCCGAGUCCACGGGCUGCACACGCGGCCAGGUGAAGUUCUCCGUCAUGCACCCGGGCACACACGUGUGGCCGCACACGGGGCCCACGAACUGCCGCCUGCGGCUCCACCUGGGCCUCGUGAUCCCCACGCCAGGGUGCCGCAUCCGCUGUGCCAACGACACGCGCGAGUGGCAGGAGGGCAAGGUGCUGAUCUUCGACGACUCGUUUGAGCACGAGGUGUGGCAGGACGCCGACCGCGCCCGCCUCAUCUUCAUCGUCGACGUGUGGCACCCGCAGCUCACCGCACACCAGCGGCGCACCCUCUCGCCCAUCUGAGCCGGCCACACCACCGCACCCGCGGUGCUGGUGGUGGUUUGGUGCCGGCCGAACCGUUGUGGGUGGUUGGCCUCGGACGCACCGUGGCGGUGGUGGUUGGUCCCAGCCACGCCACAGAUGGUUGGCCCAGCCACACCGCAUGGUUAAACGGGUACCAGACACACCACGGUCAUAGUUCGUGUCUGCCACACCACAGAUUAUUGGACCCGGCCACACCGCAUGGGUUGAUUGGUACCGUACACACAACGGUGAUGGUCGGAUUUCAUCGACAUCACAUGGGUGAUUGAGCUUUCUUCCGGCCACACCACGUUGGUAAUUGGUUCCGUUCACACCGCAGUGGUGGCUGAUUCCUACCCGAACACACACACAGAUCUACACCAGUGAGUUAUGCUCCCGAGAUACGACACAGCGCCGAGACUGAACUACCGAGCCACUCUACCCAAAUCGACUACGAGUGUGGUGUACGCACGCACGCGCGCACACGCACGGCCUUCGCGAAAACCAACCCCCGCCGUCCGUACCCUCUCGCCGCGCGACGGGUUCCCGUCAUUUGUAUUGUCGCCGACGACAUCGUCCCGUUUUGGCACGCGGUGGUGACGUCACGAGAUGCAAACAAGCCCCGCGUGACAGGUUUCGUCCAAUCAUGGCCGGGCCUCGCCGCCACGGUGGCGUGACGGCCAAUCACAGCAGCCCGGCCCCCGACGCAGCGCUGGGAGUGGUCGUGAUCGUUGUUAUGAUUGUUAUUAUUGUCGUCGUCAACAAACGUUCGAUUCUUAUUGUUAAAUACUCAUACGCGAUGGUCGGUUAUUUAAGGGUUGACGCAAGUUUGACGCAGUCGCUUUUUGUUGGUUUUGUUUACGGUGACGCGGUGGGGUGCGUGCUGGAGUACGGUUGCUUCACCACACCUCACCAUACUUCACCAUACUUCACCACACUUCACCACGCCAGUCUGUGCGAGCUGGUGAGGGUGGUGAAAAGGGUAGGGGGCGGUGGGUGGUGGGCCGAGGACCGGUUAAGAUUUUUACGACCUGCGCCACCGAUGUCAGCCGUGGGCAUUCGUCAAAGCUCUUCGUUUUGAGGCCGAGUCGACCUAGGGGAAGCCCAGUACCGGUUCCUGGUUGCACCUCGCCACCGAUUUCAGCCGGGGCCGCAGAGUCAAACUCGGUUGUCGCCGGGUGGCAUAUCGCAUUGCGCCAACCACCGCACCACCGCUCCUCUUCUACGCACGAUUAGCCGAACUAAUAUUCCGCGCGUCCGAUUCUCACGGUCGGCUACGUACGGCGCGAAAUAAGUUCACCACACGUAGGUGCGCACGUGUGCACGUGGGUGCGCGCGCAUGGGUUUUCGUCCCGAUGUACGUGUUUACAAGGCUUUCGUGUUGUCGUCAGAGCCAAGUGGGCGACGUCGAUUAUUUGGCGACGGGGCCGUUGCCGUCGCUUCUCGUAGCCCGCGGCGACCCCGAGCGGACGAAGCCCCAGCAGGGAGCGCCGCGGGCGACGAUUGGCGUUACCGGGUCGGGUGGCCAAGGAGGGGACCAGAGUCGAGGAGGCCUCAUCUACAACGGUGACCUUGGGGGGUGGGGGGGGGGCAUCGCUGUGCUGCCAGUAGUAGCGGGGGUGCGACGAUGAUUGCCCGAUGUGCGCUCGUGAUUGCCAAUCGAGUUGGCGCGGCGGUGCUCUUUCUCACGUGCCAAAUACGCAGCCGCGACGCCGGCACCGCAGCGGCGGCAGCGUGCUCCUGCCGACGACGUCGCGGGGAUCUUCGACGUCCACUUUCGUCGAGCAGAACAACAGAAGGACCGACGUACGACUGCCGACUGCGUUCGCGUCGCUGUGGAUCAAGCUGCUGCUCUCGCCAUUUGCCUGGGUCGUGGUUGCGGUGUAGCGGUGAGCGUGGUCGGGUAGCGGUGAGCGUGGUCGUGUGGCGUUUAGCGUGCUCCGCUACGAACCCGACGACCCAGUGUUCGAUUCCCGCUCACGGCCAACACCAGUGACGAUUAUCUGGACCAAUCCUGGGCCCAAUAGUCUUUUACAGGCUUUGCCGGGGGGUCUUUGGUAUUUGGUAAGCGGUGGGCAGAGGUCACACGGUUGGUGGUCGGCGGUCGAUGUGAAGGUCAAAAGUGCCAAAAUAAAGCGAGGAGGUGUG